UAAUUUUGAUUUUGAGGAUCAGAGAAUUAAAUUUAAUUGAGAAAAAAAAAUGGGACGCAGAACGAAGAGGAAGCACAGAGAAGACACCCCGACAUCCCCAUCAAGCUCCGACGACGACGAAGACACCGACUCUUCCAUUGAGAGGCGGCGGAGCCGCCACCGCAACCGGGGGAGAAGUGAUGGGAGUUCGAGGAGAGAUAAGGACAGAAAAAGAGAGAAAGAAGAUAAGAGAAGAAGAAAAGACAGAGAUAGAGAGAGGAAGAGAAGGAAAUCGAAGAAGAGAAGAGAUUAUGAGUCCGAAUCAUCAGCAUCCGGGUCCGGUUCGGAGGAUAGGGAGAUUGAUAGAGUUCGGGUUAACCCUGGAGAUGUAGUUAAAGAGAUGUUGAGUGAGUUCCCUAACGUUGGUGGUGACUUAAAACAGCUUCUGCAAAUGAUUGAUGAUGGACAAGCUGUUGACAUAAAAGGGAUAUCUGAAAGGUCAUUGAUUAAGCAUUUGAAGAGACUUUUUAUUUCAUUAAAUCUCAAGGAAAAUGGGGAUAGGGUUUUUUUGCUGCGUCCAAAAGCGGGUCCUACUUUGGAGGUUGUUGGACCCUUGAUUCAAGCUUGUGCAGAGCCCAAAGAGCAACAAGGAGAUCAUUCUAUUCCAUCAGAUAGUGUGGAUUCUAUGCCACCAGAUGCAGAACAUAAACAAGAAACAGAUGACAAUAAUGUGGCAGUGCCAUCUUCUAGAGAUGAUGCUUCUGCACCUAGAAGAAGGGUGAUUGGCCCUGAAAUGCCAUCAGCCGAGUUACUUGCUGCAGCAGCAAAACUAACAGAAGCACUAGAGCUUUGUUCUAGGAUUUAUUUUAGGUCUCAGAAGUCUCUGGCUAGAAUCUGUUCUAGAAUGAUACUGUGGAUUUUAAUCUCCAGUCACCAGAGCUCCAAUUUAAAUUACUAUAUGAUAACCUCUAAUUUGUUUUCCCAGCCUGGUGGUAUGCCCACGCAAUCUAGAAGCUUCAGCAAGAACUCUAAAGAAGGACGUGGUGAUACUAGUGUUUGGACAGAUAACCCUUUAGACAGAGCCCAGAAAGCGAAGAUGAAUUACCUGGAAGCAUACAAUGAGGCCGCAGCACUUGCUUCAACUGAAGAGGAAAAGCAACGGGCAAGUGCAGAUGCAGAUUUGGUGGAUAAAUACAAUAAAGCAAAACGAUCUAAAUCUUUGGUACAAAAGCACCAAGAAGAGGCUUCAAGUCGCACGAAGAAAAAAUCCAAGCAGAAAAAAGAGAAGGAAGAGUGGGCGGGGCAACAUCCAUGGAAGCCUUGGGAUCGCGAGAAGGACCUGGAAGCUGGAAGGAAAAGUAUAAAAUUAGAUUCAGACAACAUGGCUCAGGGUUUGUCGUCCAGGUUUUCAUCAGGAAACUUCCAGAGGAGCUUCCUUUAAUCCACGGAUGCUGGGGUUUUAUCUUUUUGCUGGAACUUGAUUCCAAGGGUUGGAUUUCAGGGCAAUAUUUGUUUCCUCCAAGUCGGGUUCAACUCAAGCCAUGCUGGUCAGACAUUUGUAUGUUCAUUCUCAGGAUAAAAAACAUAAAAAAGAUGUAAUCUUCUUGUUGUCCGCAUGUUCUUUAAUGGAGUAAUUGAAUUUUGUUUUUCAUAAAAUGAAAAGAAAAUUCACAUCA